AUGGAAGCAUAUGCUGAAAUUUCAGCUCUCUGCAACACAAUCAAUGGCGACGCAUUGUUAAUGACAAUGGUUGCAGCUCUGGGUUUGGUGGCUGCUUUAAGGAAGGUUAGAAUGAUGAAAAAGAAUAAUACCAGGCCGAUGCCACCAGAAGCAGCAGGUGCAUGGCCAGUAGUUGGUCAUCUCCGUCUCUUAGGAGGACCAGACCUUCCACACAAAACCUUGGGUGCGAUGGCUGACAAGUAUGGACCAAUAUUCGUCAUUCGUAUCGGUUCAAGUCCAACAGUUGCAAUAAGUUCUUCGGAGGCAGCUAGAGAAAUUUUCACUACCAAUGAUAAGAUCUGGGCAUCAAAACCAACGGUAAUAGCAGCCAUGAAACACAUGGGUUAUGAUACUGCAAUGUAUGGGUUUUCACCAUAUGGACCAUAUUUUCGUGCAAUCAAUAAGAUAGUGGUGCAACAGCUUCUUUCUAACAGGAGGUUGAUAUCAGGGAAGCGAUGUUUUGUUGGAGAUGAGGAUGAAGUUAGCAGGAGGUAUCAGAAAGCACUUUCCAACUUUUUUAGGUUGGUGGCUGUGUUUGUGCCUUCAGAUGCAAUACCAAUUCUUCGCGGGUGGAUUGAUCUGGGAGGCUAUGAAGAGGCAAAAGAGAUCAGGAGAAGAGGCGGUGGAAGAGGACUUCAUGGAUGUGAUGCUGUCCAUAUUUGA